AGCUGUGUUCUGUGCCGAGGUAAAAGCUAGACUGUGGACAAAUGAUGUCGUUACUUACGCAUUUGAGAUGACGUCAGACAUUUCUCUGACGCGACGUGUUGCAACACUUGUACAAUGUGCCACGCUUUGUGGAGUGUAUGAGAUUUGUUACGUAUUUGAAUAUGAUGGCGAAACCAACCUAUGUCACGUUUUCAAUGGAUUCCAACCGUUCAGUGGUAACGAGGUGUUCCCUCAUGGUCAACGCUCUGUAUACAAAGACAUAGAAGGUUGUGUACGUAGUGGUUACAUCCUGUUCAGGGACGGACACCUGUGUUUCAAAUUGUUUCGAGAAAGUCGCACAUGGGGUGAUGCUUUUACCGCUUGUCAGAAUGACGGAGGGAGACUUAUUGUCUUGCAGACUUCUAAACAAAUUGAGUACAUACUUAAUGUAACGGAAAUCUCAGGUAUAAGGUAUCACUGGAUUGGUCUUACUGACCGGAAGUUUGAGGGUGAGUGGACAUAUAUUGACGACAAAGGCUUCAACGAAACAAUAUGGCCGUCUGUGAAUUUCAACAACAAAUGUCAGAGGUACAAUUUAGAUCCAAACGAAGCUGAUUGUGGCGCUUUGAACUCCAACUCGAGGCAUCUAAGUGAUUGCCACUGUAAUGUAACUAGGGAUUACAUAUGUGAACGACCCCAGCUUGUUUAAGACGAAUCGAUAACUUAAAAGUCACAAUAACUAAUUAGAGUACAUUUGAAAUAGUAGCUACAGAGGAUGGUUUACUCAAAGGCAAGAGUAGUACGGCCACUACAUAGGCGCUUAUUUUAUAAACAAAAGUAGGCUAAGGCCACUACAGAGGCGCUUAAUUUAUAGACAAGAGUAAGCUACGGCCACUACAGAGGCGCUAAAUUUAUAGACAAGAGUAGGCUACGACCACUACAGAGGCGCUUAAUUUAUAGACAAGAGUAGGCUACCGCCAC